GAGUAAGGAGGAUAAGCUCUCUCUCUCUCUCGAAGCUUGUUUCUUCUUCUCAAACUCUUUCUCUCUCUUCCUGGAUCGAAGCAGAGAUGGCGUUUUUGUCCUUCGACCACCCCUGGGCCUUCAUCUUCGGUCUCCUGGGCAACAUCCUCUCCUUCAUGGUCUACGUUGCCCCGGUGCCAACAUUUCGUCGAAUUUGCAGAAAGAAAUCUACAGAAGGAUUCCAAUCAUUUCCUUAUGUGGUGGCAUUGUUCAGUGCAAUGCAACUGAUCUACUAUGCCAUCAUUAAGACCAAUACUUACCUUCUUAUCACUAUUAACACGGUUGGAUGCAUCAUUGAGAUAACAUACCUGACUAUUUAUCUCAUUUAUGCCCCAAAGAAGGCCAAAAUGAACACAAUCAAAUGGUUGUUCCUCUUGAACGUUGUUUUGUUCUCUAUAAUCCUUCUCAUCAGUCUCCUAUGCUUCAAGGGAGCUGACCGUGUAAAGGUUGUUGGUUGGUUCAACAUGACUUUCUCAGUCAGUGUCUUUGCAGCUCCCUUGAGUAUUAUUAGAAUCGUUGUACGCACAAAAAGCGUGGAGUUUAUGCCCUUCUUCCUUUCAUUCUUCCUCACCCUGAGCGCCAACUUGAUUGCGUCUAUCUACGGCUCUUUCACCAAGGACAUAUAUGUGUCCGGGCUAAUUUCCCAGAAAAAUUAA